UUCCGCCGCUCCGCUCGGAGGCUCUACGCGGCUCCGGCAGGCUUGGGAUGCUGCAGCUGGCGGUGGGUCGCGGCGUUUCGGCUCCCGCUAGACUCCUAUCUGGUUCCACGAUGCCUAAGAAAGCCAGCGCGACGAGCAAGGGUAAAAACCAAACCAAGGAACCAGAGACACCACUUCCUCCCGCAGGGCCUGUGGCAACCGAUCCUAAAGGCUGUGUCACCAUCGCCAUCCAUGCCAAACCCGGCUCUAAACAAAAUGCUGUGACAGAUCUGACCACCGAGGCUGUUGGCGUGGCGAUCGCAGCCCCUCCAUCCGAGGGAGAAGCGAAUGCGGAACUCUGUCGGUAUCUGUCCAAAGUCUUGGAGCUCAGGAAGAGUGACGUGGUUCUGGAUAAGGGUGGUAAAUCUCGGGAAAAGGUGGUGAAGCUCUUGGCCUCUACGACUCCAGAAGAGGUCUUGGAGAAACUGAAAAAGGAAGCUGAAAAAAAAUAAAGGCAAGAAAUGAUAAAUGCGGUCACCUUCAGCAUUCCCUAACCGCCUCUCGUCCUCACUGAUGGGAACCUGGACCUGCCCCCAGAAGACCGGGUAGGCAGCUCUCUUCAGUCAGACCCAGGUUUGAUCUCACCUCAAGAAUACUGAAGUAGAGCCAGGAACAAGGACACAAAAUCCAGCCUCUGUUAGCCUUUUCCAGGUAGGAUUCUAACCUGAUCUGCCCCCAGUUAAUUCUAAGAGGCAGAUACCCACAGUCUACGCAAUGGCACCGCUGUUCUUGUCCCGUGCUAGCCUGGGGACCCUGGCUUUGCCAGCGCUGUAAAUGAGGUCUGAGGUAACCGAGGACCAGUGUCAAGGUGAUGCUGUAGCCCCGCAUCUGUCACCCUCCCUUCCACCAGAAGGGACAGUCUCCCCUGCACGACUGUAGGAACUUGGGUUCCCCCACCGUACAUGAGCAGAACGUGGGAAAGGAAAAAAAAUGGGCUCGACCUGCUCAGGAGGCAGGGGCUUCUGAUUUCUGGGAAUCAUUCCAUAUCUUUCCUUUGGCUCGAGGACAGAGAGACAAUCAGAGGACCCAAGUGGGACCUUGGCAGUGUUUAAGGCUUUAAAAAGCCAAAGAUAAGAAUUUUAGAAGGUUCUCUAAGGCUGCGAACUACAAUGUUCUAUCUCGAGUUUUCGAGGAUUUGGUUAAGUAGUUCCUUAACUGUAGGACAGAAUAUAAGUAUUUAGAACCUGCCAUGACCCCAAAUUCAAAUCAUUUUAAUAUAUGUGAUGAGGACUUUAAAAACUCAGAAUUUUCCGUUUACAUCCAGGAGGUGGCACUGUGGCGCCGCAGCAGAAAUCGACGAAUACUUUGACGCUGGUCAAAGCAGUUGUAGGACGUUCCUUCCGCGCUGCCGUUCCCACACGCUCGUAAGCUCUUGUCUUUCCAGAGAUGUUCUUUAAGCUUAGAUCCCUCGGCCCUGUAAAGUUUCUCGCGGGACAUUGUUGGCUGAGAGCCAGCUGGCUACUCAGCCGUCCAGGUGAGCGCCAUGGAAGACAGCAGGAUCCUAAGCCCCUCCCUCCGCUCCGGAGCUCUCAGAGAUCCCACCGUGCGUCGGAGUUUCUGAAAACGUCACUGAGCAGGACAACUGGCCAGGUCCCUAACGUGCCCGUUUAGUUGACUGAAGAACACACCCACCCAUAGGCUGUGUAGUGGGACCUUCUAAUGAGAACAGUCUGCCCCUGUGAGAAAUCUACAAAUGCCAUCAUUUGAAGGUGUCUCAGAGAGGCUGGGAUUAGAGCCAGGGAAUCCCCGAACUCCGCAGCCAAAGUUAGAGACGCCUUAGUCACUUCUACACGACAGUUACCUCACCGGUGAUGUGUUCUGCCAUCACAGGGGUUUCCAAACUAUGGCAAAGCCUUAGAUUUCCUCAGAUCUCUGGAGGUCAGCGGCACAAUGCAGAGUAAGGAAGCAAAUUAUUGGUAAGAGGGCAAACCUCUACUCUCUUCUGAGGCUGUACUGUCCAUAUGGUAGGUAGCUGCUUGCCACAUGACCCCUGCUCACUUCAGGUCCUGGGGAAACACCCGAAGCAGGCCUGAGUUUAAAAAGAGAGAGCUAGAAAGCCGGCUAGCAAUUAGGAUCCAGGCUGCUCUUCCAGAGGACUGAGUUCAGUUCCCAGGACCCACAUUCAUGAUUCACAACCACCUGUCACUCCAGCUCCAGGAAGUCCAACACCUCUGGACUGGGAUGCCCACACGCACACGCACGUACUCACACAUACGCAUGAUUAAAAAUAACAUGUCUGAGAAUAAUAAGAAACCGGGUGGUCGUGGAACAUGCCUUUAAUUCCAGCACUUGGGAGGCAGAGGCAGACGGAUCUCUGUGAGUUCGAGGCCAGCCUGGUCUACAAGAGCUAGUUCCAGGACAGGCUCUAAAACUACAGUGAAACCCUGUCUUGAAACAC